GGUUGCCGCCCUUACAAGUCACCUCUCUUUCUUUUUACAAUCACCUAUAUAUAAAAUCUGUACAUGAAUUGAGAUAAAAAUUGAAACUUGAAACAUCAUCAACUUUACUCAACUCACUAAAAGUUAACAAAAUUGCAACUUCAGUGCGUUUAAUUCCAAGCUCCUGGGAGGAGAAAUUCUCAAUGAGGGGGCUCAAUCUACUUCUCUUGAACUAAUUACAGAUUUAUUCUAUCAGAGCUGCUAUGAGCGAUCCGGCAACUGAAUCAAAUGACGCACAGUCAAGCUCCCAAGAACCUCAGAAGCCCCAGAUCGAGCCUAUUCGGAUGCCUACUGUGGAGGAAAUAAGGGGCCAAGACAUUUGGAACAACUGUGCAGUCCGUAGUGUUGUAAGCGGAGUCAUGGGAGGAGGACUUGGGUUGUUCAUGGGUAUGUUUCUUGGUGCACUUGAUAACCCAAUAAUGCAAGAGGAAAUGACUACUAGGCAGCAAAUUGUAUACCAAGCAAAGCAGAUGGGUCGAAGAAGUUGGAGUUCCUGCAAGACUUUUGCUGUUAUGGGGUUGGUUUUCUCUGCUGCUGAAUGUACUGUUGAGAAGGUACGAGCAAAGCAUGACAUGACAAAUACAGCAGUUGCAGGGUGCGUAACAGGAGGCACAUUAUCAGCUAGAGGGUGUCAGGGAACUUUCAAUAGAACGUUCUCCUUCAACUAUCAAGAUGCUACUUGCCCCGGUUUCAAGUUACCGGUGGACCAAAAGCUGCGUGCAUGGGUUGUGCUGGCUUUGCGACAUUUUCAGUCUUGAUAGAAAAGUUCUUGGAUCGAUAUCACUAAAUCCAGAAGUACACAAUAUGGAUCGUUCCUCAAACUGGACGAUGGAAGUUAACACCAACCUACUUUAUACUUUAUAAUCACAUUUUUUUGCCCCCAACGACGAGAUUAAUUAUUCCCAUUCCAUGUGGAAUGAGCGAUGUUGUAAACGUGCCGCUCAAUUUUACAAUCAUAUUUGCCCUCUGUGCACUCCUUGAGUUUGUGCAUAUUGGACCCAGAACUGGGAAAAUGUAGCAUUUAUAGACAAAUCCAAGACAUUUUCGUUUAAUAAGGUAGUAUUUGUACUGUA